AUGAAAUUUAAGUCUUUCUACACUUUUGAGGCUACUUUAUAGCUGGCGGUUGAUACCGCCUUUUUUUCAUGAAAACUCAUAUUCAUAGAGUUAUUAGCCAACAUUAUAAAUUUUCUUGCUUUAUUGUACUUGCUAUUGUUUAAAUAUAUUAUUAUCAGUAAUAAAUAUUUUAGAAUAGUGAUAAUAUAAAUAUACAAAAUUAUAAGACAAAACCUAAAAAGAGAGAGUUAAGAAUUGGUAGCUAGAGCAUAGUGGAGAAUCAUGGGCAGAUCUCCUUGUUGUGAUAAAGAUGGGAUUAAGAAAGGUCCAUGGACUCCUGAAGAAGAUAUCAUACUUGUCUCUUAUAUUCAACAACAUGGCCCUGCCAAUUGGAGAUCUGUUCCUACUAAUACUGGGUUGCAAAGAUGUAGUAAAAGUUGUAGGUUAAGAUGGACAAAUUAUCUAAGACCCGGAAUUAAAAGGGGCAAUUUCACCCCUCAUGAAGAAGGCAUGAUCAUCCAUUUGCAAGCUUUAUUGGGUAACAAAUGGGCAGCAAUUGCAUCAUAUCUUCCUCAAAGAACAGAUAAUGACAUCAAGAAUUACUGGAAUACCCACUUAAAGAAGAAGCUUAAGAGGUUCCGAUCAACAUUUAAUCAAGAUUCACAAAUUUCACGUGCCACAACUUCAUCAUCAUCCCCUAAUAGCCAAUUGAUGAUCAAUGAUGAUCAUAAUGAUCAUCAUAAACAUGAUCAUCAUGACAUGGUAACAUCACUUCAAUCAUCAUCAUCAACAUGUUAUGCCUCGAGUACUGAAAACAUCUCAAGGCUUCUAGAAAGUUGGAUGAAAUGUUCUCCUACUUCUAGGGCAAACCUUGACAACAAUGAUAAUAACAGUAACAAUAACAAUAAUAAUGAUACGAAUCAUAAUGGUUCGUAUACCGAGUCAAUAUUUUCAUUUCGCAACCUUAUAAAUAAAAAGGUUGCGGAUACUAUAAUUGAAGAAGAUGAAGAAGAAAAUAAUCCUCCAUUGACAUUUUUAGAGAAAUGGUUGUUGGAUGAAUCUACAAUGUCUGGCGACGAGGUUUUGCGACUACCAACCAUUUUCUGAAGUAGGAGAUGACCAAGGUGUAUCCAAAUCCAUGAUUAUAAUUUAUUAUAAUUAUCCUUAUUAAUACAAAAUAAUUAAAUGUAUUAAGCAAGGAAAUGUAUUAGGUGGGUUGAUUUUAGCAACAAUAAUUCUAGUAUAUAUUAUGUAUGUCGUAAUAUCUUAUUGUAUGUUCUUCAAAAGAUUGAAGACCAUGCUCUAUAUUGCAAAUUGUAUAAAAAUGUUUUUGAUUUUUCUAUGUUGAGAAUUUAUGUUGCAAUUAUUAG